GUUUACGGCGAGUAUCGCACACUGCUAUACGAAAAUACGCCAAAAGCGAUGAUAUAUCAAAAGUGGUGGACGAGGGGGUCCGGGAGACCAUUGACCUAAUUAUGGAUAAGCAAAGUCUUAAUAAGCCGUUUGCGCCCAAACUAUUCAUUUAUAACAUGUUCGCCAAUAUCAUCGGCACUAUAGUAUUCAGUCAAAAGUUUGACAUUGAGCAGGAUGAGUUGAAAAAGUUCAAGUACUGCACCACCGAUUUCCAAACUGACCUGGGUAACUGGUUAUUUUUGUACGAGUUUGUACCGAUUAUACGUUGUUUUAUGCGUAAUCCGCUAAUAAAAUACGCAAAGUAUAAAGAUGAAAUGAUGAAAUACAGCGUGGACAUUUAUUCGUCCCAUAAUAACACCUACAAUAAGGGUGUUAAACGCGAUUUUUGUGACACCCUUAUUAAGGCUAAACAGGAGGCAGUUGAACAGGAUAAGUUAACUGCACCCUAUUUUACCGAUGAGAACCUAGCUGCAUCCGUUAAUGACCUGUUU